AUGCGUGCUGUCCAAAUUAGCGAAUAUGUCAAGGGACCCCUGGAUCUCAAGGUGGCCGAAGUCCCGACACCAACUCCCGCUGGGGACAAAUACCUGAUCGAGAUUCACUCGGCCGGGACCAACUUCUUCGACAUCUUGCAGAUCCAAGGCAAGUACCAACACCAACCCCCUCUCCCGUGGAUCGGCGGUGCGGAGUUCGCUGGAACCAUUGCGGCCGUGCCAACUGCCUUGAAAAGCCCUCGUUUCAAGGUGGGCGAUCGGGUGUUCGGCGCGACUCAGGGUGCCUAUGCGACUCACGUGCUUGCGCCAGAGCACACGCUCCUCCCGGUUCCUCAGGGGUGGAGCUUUGAGGAUGCAGCAGGAUUAUUCGUGACCGCGCCUACUUCCUAUGGUGGGCUGGUUACCCGCGCCGGGGUUCAGCCGGGUGACUGGGUGCUAGUUCAUGCGGCGGCCGGUGGUGUUGGGUUGGCUGCGGUGCAGAUCGCCAAGGCCAAGGGCGCGGUGGUGAUUGCUACAGCUGGAACGGAGCGCAAACGUGAGAUUGCAAAGGAGUUUGGCGCCGACUAUGUGAUUGAUUACACGGAUAAGGGUUGGCCGGAGGAGGUGAAGAAGCUGUGUGCGGCGAACCGGACGGGGAAUGGUAAGGCCGGAGUCGAUAUUGUCUACGACCCCGUGGGAAUGAUUGAUGCUAGCUUGAAGUGUGUUGCGUGGAAUGCCCGUUUGCUGGUGAUUGGGUUUGCCGCUGGUAAGAUUGAGAAGGUUGCCUUGAACCGUGUGCUGUUGAAGAAUGUGAGUAUCGUGGGCUUGCAUUGGGGUCAGUAUGCCAAGUUCGAGACUCCCACAGUUGGCACUGUCUGGCAGGGCAUCUUCGACCUCGUGGCGCAGGGCAAGUUCCGCGGUACUGCGUUCAAGGAUGAGAGCUUCGUGGGCCUAGACAGUGUUCCCAAGGCCUUGCAAGCGCUAGGUGGUCGUGAGACUUGGGGUAAGGUCGUUGUGAAUGUGGUGGGGAAUGAGAAGGCUAAGAGCAAGCUCUGA